AUGGCAUCCAAAAUCCUUCAGCAUGUGUCCUACCCUACCCUCGACCGGCCAUUUGGUGUGCACCUGUGGCCCCUCUUUGACCAGGCCUAUGAGAAGGUCAUGGGCUACCCUGCCAGCGAGUUCAAGUUCACCCAGAACGUGACCCCUCUGUCCACAUUGAAGGAGACCACCAUGAUGCUUAUCACAUACUACGUUAUCAUCUUCGGUGGUCGCGAGGUCAUGAAGAAGCUGCCUGCGUUCAAGCUCAACACCUUGUUCAUGAUCCACAACCUUGUCCUGACUCUUGUCAGUGGCAUUCUCCUGGCUCUGUUCAUUGAGCAGCUCUUGCCCACUCUCGCGAGACACGGUGUCUUCUACACCAUCUGUGACCAGCGCGGUGGUUGGACUCAGCCUUUGAUCAUUUUGUACUACCUCAACUACCUGAACAAAUAUGUCGAGUUCAUUGACACGAUCUUCCUUGUCCUCAAGAAGAAGCCAUUGACCUUCCUCCACACCUACCACCACGGUGCUACCGCUCUCCUUUGCUACACCCAGCUUAUCGGUGUGACUGCCGUGCAAUGGGUGCCUAUCACCAUCAACCUGCUCGUCCACGUCGUCAUGUACUGGUACUACUUCCAGAGUGCCCGUGGCGUUCGUAUCUGGUGGAAGAAGUACAUUACCAUGCUGCAGAUCCUCCAAUUCGUCAUUGACGUCGGCUUCAUCUACUUCGCCUCAUACACCUAUUUCACCUCCGCUUACUUCCCGUGGCUCCCCAACAUGGGCAAGUGCGCCGGUGAGGAGUUCGCUGCCAUGGCUGGCAUUGGCAUCAUCAGCUCCUACCUCGUUCUCUUCAUCUCGUUCUACAUUGCCACUUACAACAAGGCCGCCAAGACCGGACGUCCCCGCCGCAACACUGGCCAGAAGUCCUUGAUCGAUAUGAAGAACUUCGAGAUCCCCUCCCCGGUUUCUGCCCAGAACGGUAGCGCCAACGGCAGUGCCACCGGCCGCUCCAACGGCCCGGUCACUCGCUCCCGCAAGGCCUAA